AGUAAAAUUAUAACCAUCAUACAAAAUUGUAUAAAUAGAUGGUUUUGCUGUAUUACACAUUUUAUAUGUGAUGGAAAUAUGCUGUGAUCUGGGAGAAAUUCAGGGCAAGUUUUUUUUUUUUUCUUAAUUAUGAAAUGUAUUUAUUUUCUGCCCAUUAACAUGGCACCUGGGAAGCAGCAGACUGUCUGUCUGUGAAGCUGCAGAAUAUCAGCCUGCUGGCUCUGAUUCAGGAGCCAAACUCAUUAGGGGGGGGCAGUUCACCAGAUGUGGAGAGGAUGAUUGCUCAGAUAGCCCUGGUGGGGGCGCUAUGCUGCGUGACCCUGCAGCCAGGUUUUCUAGAAGCCACGUCUCUGAGGAAGGUCAAACAAAAUGAAGAGGCGCCGCCCCCCGGCCUCAGCGCUCUGAGUUUAGAGGCGGAGCAGGCCCACGGCUUCCUGUCCCGCCCCCGACCCAAACGCAACAUCGACCCAAAAUGGCACCGCAGCCCACCGGAUUUCCAGGCCUACUACAAAUACUACAACAACAUCGGGCACAUCGAGGGGCUGUAUGAGAUUGACCGGAUCCGGAUGCUGUACCAGCAAAUGAGACACCUGGAGCAGGUCUAUGGGCCAGACGCCUCUCAGUACCAGAACAUGCUGGGUCUCCAACCCGUCCCGCCCCCGAUGUGUGACCCCAAAAAAGACAAGAACUGCAAACCGGCCCCUGUUGCAGCACCCCCAGGGACCCCGGCCCCCCCUCCCUCCCCCCCCCCACCCAGCACGCCCCCCCCGCCUCCCCCUCUCCCGCCCAUGUCCCAGGCGAACGUGGUGUACCUGUGUAACCCAAAAGACCCGCUGUGCCUCCCCCAUCUGGUCUACCUGCCGACGGGGGCCAUCCCCGUGCUGUGUGACCCACGCUACCAUCCCGCCUGCAAACCAAAACUGCUGAGGAGCCCCCCCCCCGCCUCCACAGACCCCCCCGCCCCCCCUCCUCCACCCCCGGCCCCUAAAAAAUCUCUCCCUCCGCCUCCACCUGUGAUCGAUAAGGAAAUGGAGUAUGAUUGCGACCACUACUGGGACCCGGACUGUCUGAUCGACCACCCCCCACGGCCGGUCAAACCCAAGACCCCCCCACCCCCGCCCCCCACCGAGACAGAGGCAGUGGAGGGCGAAGAGGCCACGCCCGUCCUUGAACCCAGGCCCCCCGGCAAGGGUAAAAAACCCGCCCCAUUCCUGCAUGACUACCGCCGUGAGCUGUUCGACCCAUACCUGUACUCCAACCCUGCCCCCGACCCAGAGUAA